AUGACACGAACCUGUGAUGAGGGAGACUCAGACAUUGAUGUUGGGGAGGAUGAUUCAGAAGAGGGUGAUAUAUGGGAUGACGAGGAUGAUGGGAACAACGAUGAUGGGAACGGCGAGGAUGGGAAUGGCGAGGAUGGGAACGAUGAGGGUGAUGAGGAUCGUGUUUUGGCUGACGAGGGUGAAGAGCUUGAUGAUGAUAUUCUUGCAGAAGAAGUGUCUGGUAUGUAUCGUGUAGAUACAACAACUAUCUACUCAUUGCCUCGGACUGCAUUUGUGAUACCCAGAGGUGUUGAGCUUGACUUGAGUUGCAUGGCACAUGGCUCACGCUGGCGGCACUGCUGCAUGAAAGAUUUGUCGAGUACGAUAUGGAGUUAUUACAUUCAAGUUUGGAGUAGUUUGAGCGAACACCGUAACAAAAUUUUUGAGAGCAUGGAAUGA